GCCUCCCGUCCGCUGCCACCCUGGCGCUGCGCUGCAUGGAUGGCGUUUUCCUCUCGCCCAACGAGGAUGAGUUCGUGGGCAGGAUCGCAGAGGAGCUGGAGCACUUCAUGCUGCAGGGGCAGCACCACAGAGUGCUCCUGUUCCCCCCUCUGUCCAGUCGCCUCAGGUACCUGAUCCAUCGGACUGUGGACAAUGUGGAUUUGUUGAGCAGCUUUUCUGUGGGAGAAGGAUGGAGGAGGAGGACGGUCAUCUGUCACUCGGCCGUAAGGCUGCCCAGCGAGACUAACGACCAAAAACCCAGCAGCAACCCGCUGAGACCGCAGCGACCCCCGCAGCCGUGGGGCCGGGGGGGCCGAGGCGGCAGGCUGCGGCACGGCGGGGACCUGCACGGCGACGCCGCUCGAGCCUGCGUGGGCUCUGGCCGGAUAAAAAGGCCGCCACGGAAGAAACCAGAUAAAGCCCUGUAUGUCCCCAAGGCGAUGCGCAAGAAGGCAGAAUGGGGGGAGCAGGAGAGCCCGCUGGGGGCUGGCCCCGAGGCAGGCAGGGAUGUGGCACAAGGAGAAGAGAUCUGUCCUAAAGCUUCGGUUGAGGACACCCAGGAGGAGCUGGAAGGCAGCAAACCCCUGUGCCAACGGCAAGCUGAAGACCAAACCAGCCGGGACACCGGUGUAGUGGAGCGUGGCAAAAACUCCUCCCUAUCGGAAAGUCGCAGCGGUAACUGCUGUACGGACCCGGCUGCAGCGGAGUCGAGCGCAACGUCGCUGGUGCUGGAAAACCAAGAUAAGAGCUGUGCUGGUGCCAAGAGCCUGGAGAGUGGCGGAAACGUGUCGCUGCCUGAAGAACAGGGUAAGGACUUUGUAAAUGCUGGCACGGGGGAGGGAGGCAAGAGUUUCUCUGAGCUGGAAAGCCAAGAUCAAGAGAGCCCUGACAUCGCCCAGGUGGAGCAUAACCAGAACCCCCCAGAAGCCCAAAAUGAGCCUCUGGCUGCACCGGAGCCGGUCCGUGGUGCCAACCCAUCAGCUCCUGAGGAGCAGAACGAGCGCUGGGUGGAUGCUUCCAUGCACAACCGCAGCGGGAAGGUGCCCGUGGCAGAAGAGGAGGACAAGGAGCAUCCGCGCUUGGCCGAUGCCCUGUGGCAUGAGCUGCGUUUGUCUGCAGGCGAUGAAGAGGAGAACGCGGCCGCCUGCGGGCAGAGCAGCCUCGAGGACGACUGUGCCGCAGAGCUCUUUGCAGAGAUUGUGGGUUAUUUAACCGUGAAGGACAUAAGCAUCGAGAAGAUCAGCUUUGAUUAUUCCAGCUAUGGAGACGCCCAGCUCAGCGAGGGGGAUUUCGGCCACGUCACUGAAAUCUAUGACUUCUCCCCGUCGCUGAAAACGGAGCACCUGUUAGAAGUGUUCUCGGAUUUCCACGAGAGUGGUUUCAAAAUCCAGUGGGUCGACGACACGCACGCCCUGGGAAUUUUCUCCAGCCUGUCCACAGCAUCUCAAGCCCUGGGGCGACGUUAUCCUUCCUUGAAGAUCCGACCGUUGAUCCAUGCAACAAAGCAGUCUAAGAUCAAGGCACUUCAGCGACCAAAGCUCCUUCACCUUGCAAAGGAAAGACCCCAGACUGACACGGCGGUGGCGAAGAGGCUGGUGACCCGGGCUUUGGGUCUGAAGCACAAGCAGCAAGGCAGCUCAGGCACCGAGGUGCUCCUGCCAGAAAGCUUGGACCAGGAGGAAUAA